UAUCAUAAUCAAAAUUUACAAAAUUUGAUCAACAAAAGUCAAAAGAAAAGAAUAUUUCCGUAGGGAGGGAGUACAAGUUUAAUCUAGCAAGUUAUCUUAAUCACAAAUUUGACCAACUGCCCCUUGUGCAUUUCCCGGCAUAACCCGGCCCUUCUACUCUUUCGAAUCGCCUUCAUCAAGCUCCCAAUUCACAGUCAUAAUUUAGUUACUGCGGGUCAGUUGCUGGUGGGAAAAUGAAGAAAUCUCAAUUGCCACUACAAAAUGUAUGUGGACCUGAGAAGCAGGUAGUUAAGAAGGAAGCUUUGGUGAAGCUUUUGAGAUGGCAUUUCGGGCAUCCCAACUUCCAAGGGAAGCAAUUGGAAGCUAUAGAAGCUGUUUUAUCAGGAAGGGAUUGCUUUUGCCUAAUGCCCACUGGUGGGGGAAAAUCGAUGUGUUACCAGAUUCCCGCUCUUGCAAAACCCGGGAUUGUACUUGUCGUCAGCCCUUUAAUAGCUCUCAUGGAGAAUCAAGUCUCUACACUGAAAAGUAAAGGUAUUCCAGCCGAGUUUCUCUCAUCAAGCCAGCCUUCACAAGUAAGAAAUAAGAUAUAUGAGGACCUCGAAUCUGUGAAGCCGUCUCUGAGGUUAUUGUAUGUUACACCAGAAUUAAUUGAUACAGCUGGAUUCAAGUCGAGAGUAACGAAGAUCCACUCAAGAGGGUUACUAAACCUUAUAGCUAUUGAUGAGGCCCAUUGCAUCUCUUCAUGGGGGCAUGACUUUAGGCCUAGUUACCGGAAGCUUUCUUCCUUGAGAAGCCACCUACCGAACAUACCAGUAUUGGCAUUGACAGCAACGGCUGCUCCAAAAGUUCAGAAUGAUAUCAUUGGAUCGUUGUCAUUACAGAGCCCUGUAGUCCUCAAAUCAUCUUUCAACCGCCCAAAUAUCUAUUAUGAGGGUCAGAUCUAAUCACUUAAGCAGCUUGAACACUUCUUUUUAUUUUAUUUGUGCCUCUCGGAUGUGAAUCUACAUUAUGAUGCCUAGGUGCAUGUAGAUAUUCUAUCCUUCUUGAUAUCAUGAUGCAUAAGCCCUUGCAGUUGGGACGACCAGGAAAGAUAUUUUAUCCAAUAUGUAUGUGUUAAAGGUGGGGUACAGUGUAUGCCAAUGUGUCUGUAGCCUGUAAGGUUUUGUAGUAAAAUAAGUGCACUGAUGUGUGUUUCAUUAAUUUUAUUAAUGCCAUAUAAAUUUCUUCAUGGCUGACGAAGUAUCAUCACGAUGCAGUUCGAUAUAAAGAUCUUCUGGAUGAUCCAUAUGCUGAUGUAUGUAACCUGCUGAAAUCUUAUGGAAAUGUUUGUGCAAUUGUUUACUGCCUCGAACGUACAGCUUGUGAUGACCUUGCUUCCCAUCUGACAGCAUAUGGCAUUUCCUGUGCUGCAUAUCAUGCUGGAUUAAAUAGUAAAAUGAGAAGCUCUGUCUUGGAUGCUUGGAUUUCCUCCAAAACACAAGUAGUUGUGGCAACAGUGGCCUUUGGGAUGGUAUGCAUCGAGCACUUCACAAUGUUUGGGACUUUGGGUUGAU